CGAGAUCUCUUGCUUGAAGCUCGCUCUUUGUUCCCCAGUUCAGUGCUUGCGAUCUCCCGAUGUGGCCUCAGAGCGCGAGACCUCCGCGUUUUGUAGUAUGAAGUGAAGUGAAUGCGAUUUUUUUUGCGUGAUACAAUCUUGAAGAAAUCCCUUUUUGUACAAACCCUUUUCUCUUGACCUACGAUCCCCACAUGCCUUUGACUUGACACAUACAUGGUGCAACGAUGCCGACGGUUGCCUCGCGGAUUUUAGAUGAGUUUGAACGGCGUGGUGUAUCCCGCCAGAGACUCUCUUACGCCCUUGUCGGCCUAGCUGUUGGUGCGUAUGCAGUAAAAGUGGUAGGACGACCAUUGCGUCGGCGUUUAGCUGCUAAGAACAUCCCACCGGAGAAUAACAAUGUACCAUCAGCUGAAGAGAAGGCCAUUAUUGAGGCAGAGCGUCUCCUGGCGCGCCAAACAACAUCCCAACCAGGUCUCAAUCGGGAGUUUAUCGUACAACUUAUUCAACUCAUUCGAAUUAUGGUUCCACGACCGAUUUGCCGUGAAACUGCCCUCCUAGCCGCUCAUACAGUUUGCUUGGUCAGUCGAACAUUUCUUUCAAUUAUCGUGGCAUCCAUGGAGGGUCGAAUGGUGAAAUUUAUUGUACAGCGUGAUGUUAAGAAGUUUUCCUUAAUGCUCCUCCAAUGGCUUGGAAUUGCAAUACCAGCUACAUUUGUCAACAGCAUGAUUAGAUACCUUGAAAAUAGAUUGGCACUUGCCUUCCGUACUAGGCUUGUACGUUAUGCCUAUCGACUCUAUUUUAGUGAUCAGGUCUACUAUCGAUGUUCAAACCUCGAUUCACGAAUCGAGAAUGCUGAUCAGCGAUUAACUGAUGACAUCGCCACUUUUACAAGUUCUGUAGCUCACCUCUACAGUCACCUUACCAAACCUUGCUUCGAUCUCCUACUCAUUGGCUUAGCCAUGGCACGAUCGUCGCAACGCAUGAAGGCUUCCGUCGUGUCAGGACCUCUUCUUGCAUUUGUUGUGAUCUCAACCACAGCACACGUACUUCGUAUUGUGAGCCCGAAAUUUGGGCAGCUUGUGGCUGAGGAGGCACACAGAUAUGGAUAUUUGCGGCACAUCCACUCGCGUAUUAUAACAAAUGCUGAAGAAAUAGCUUUCUAUCGUGGACACAGGGUUGAAUUGCAACAACUACGGGAAGCGUAUGAAAGGCUCACGCGUCAUAUGAAUGUAAUUUUCGGACAACGGCUGUGGUUUGUGAUGUUGGAGCAAUUCUUCAUGAAGUACGUGUGGUCAGGCACGGGUAUGGUAAUGGUAUCCCUACCUAUACUCACAGCAAGCCGUUCCCGUGAAACGCAAGCCAUUAGCGAUCGUACGCAAUAUCUCACAACGGCACGAAAUCUCCUUAUUUCCGGUGCGGACGCUAUUGAGCGCCUCAUGAGCUCCUACAAGGAGAUUGUAGCUCUUGCUGGGUACACACAUCGUGUUGCAGAUAUGCUGCAUGUUUUCCGUGAGACAAGUCAAGGGAAGUAUGCGCGUACAAAGGUGGCUGAGUCACGGAAUACGGCACUACCAUUGGAUUUUGGACCCGAUGGUCAGCCAAUUAUUGCGGGAAAAGUUAUUCCCGAAGGUGCAUCAAUUUCUCUAGCAAAAGUCCCCAUUGUUACACCCAAUUGUGAUAUCGUUGUACCCAGUCUCACGCUAACCAUCCAUCCGGGGCAGCAUGUCUUGAUCACGGGUCCCAAUGGGUGUGGGAAAUCCAGCUUAUUCCGCAUAAUAAGUGGCCUAUGGCCUAUCUACGGCGGAGAACUACGUAUCCCAGCAGCAUUGCCAGAUAAACCGUGCAUGUUCUACAUCCCUCAGCGCCCUUAUAUGUCCAUUGGGAGUCUGCGUGAUCAGAUAAUCUAUCCGGAUACACGACAGGAUAUGGAAAGGAAGAAGGUAUCUGAGGAAACACUAAGGGACAUCAUGAGUAUGGUUUCACUUGAGCAUAUCGCACAACGAGAUAGUUUUGACGAAGUGAGAGAUUGGAAGGAUAUCUUAAGUGGCGGUGAGAAGCAGAGAAUGGCUAUUGCGAGAUUAUUUUAUCAUAGACCCCAAUAUGCAUUGCUGGAUGAAUGUACUAGCGCUGUUUCCAUAGACGUAGAGAGCUCAAUCUAUGAAUUAGCCAAGAGCAUGGGAAUUACCCUGAUGACAAUUACACACAGGCCAACCCUUCGUCGUUUCCAUACGCAUAUCCUUGAAUUUGAUGGCCAGGGUGGUUGGGUUUUUCAACCCUUAACACAAUGACCUUUUUAAGAGAUAAUUUAUUUGAUGCGGUUUUAAUUUUUGUAUAUAGUGGAGGUUUUGUUUUUUUUUUUCAAAUUUUAUUUUAUAAUAUAUAUAUUUUUGUAUAUUUUUGCCAAAACAGGAAAAUGGAAAUAAAAGUAUUAUGCUGUU